AUGCUAAACCUGUGCGCACGAAUGGGCGCGUGUGUCGCGCGUACACAGACCGCGGUGCGGCACGUGUCCCAGGUGCGGCACGUGUCCCAGGCGCGACACGUGCCCCAGGCGCGACACGUGCCCCAGGCGCGGCACGUGUCCCAAGCGCGACACGUGCCCCAGGCGCGACACGUGUCCAAGGCGCGUACACGGACCGCGGUGCGACACGUGUCCCAGGCGCGACACGUGUCCCAGGCGCGGCACGUGUCCCAGGCGCGGCACGUGUCCCAGGCGCGACACGUGCCCCAGGCGCGGCACGUGCCGCUCACCCUCAGUGUUCUGCGGCUACCGGGGGAGGUCCACGCGCUGUCCGCGAACGACGAGGUACAGCGCGCAGCGGCCGUGCAGACGAUGGCCGUGCUGCUGGAACUGGAGAUCACGGUCAUCAAUGGCACCAUCAGCGACCAGGACAUCCUGGACGUGCUGCGCAACGUCCAAACGAUCUUCAUCAACGGCAGCGCCAUCAACAUCACCGACCCCGAGAUCAUAAGUGUCUCUUGCCUCUCCAAUGCCGUAAAUCAAGGGGUGCCCGUGUCUCCCUCACGCUCCCUCCUGUCCCCUAUUCUGCACGGCUCAGAGUGUGUCCCCCAAGGCAACGAGACGCAGUGUCGGUGCGGAGCGGGGCUGCUGUGGAACACCUCCACCUGCCAGGCGCUGGGGCCCUGCUCCUCGGACCCCUGGGGACCCCCGCAGGGGUGCAGCUGCGUCCGGGGGACACCCCCGGACCCCUUCCAGUGCAGCGCGCCUCCCCCUCCAAGCACGCCGACAACCACGCCCAACGUCACUACGGCCGCCAACCUAACCAGCACAGCACUCACAACGUUAACAACCACAACACCACCACCAACAACAACGCCAACAACAACAACCACACCAACAGCAAACACGCCCAACGUCACUACCACGCUCAACGUCACAACCACACUCAACGUCGCAAACACAUCGAACACACCCAUCACCAAUACCAAGCCUGAGACCAAACCCAGCUCCACGGCUGCAAAACCAAGCGGCACGACAGUUGUGAGCAGACACAGCAUCACGGUCCGGACGACCAAGGUUUUCGACGGACUGUACGAAGAUAAGAUCAGCAGCAAGUACCUGGACAUGGAGACUCUUUUCUUGACAGCGCUCAACGAAUGCUACCAGCGCCUUGGAGAGCGCUUCAUGAAGGUGAUCAUCCUGGGUUUCAGGAAUGGGAGCCUGAUCGCCGAUUACCAGGUCAUAGGUUACAAUCUCUCCACUGAGGACAUCAUCAACAUGACUGAAGACAUCAACACAUUUCUGAACAAAUACGGCAUCCAAAUGGAAAAUUCAAGCCGAUUGGUUAUUCACUCGGAAGGAGAACAGAUUUCGUUCUACGGCAAUCUGACAGAGAAUGCAAACGUGACCCUUUUCUACAACAGCACCAGGGCGAAUACAACGAAUGUCACUUGGUUGAAGGACGGGCAGAGUGUUUCCAAUUACUUCGAUAUCACUGUGAACACGAACCUAACCAUCUGGAACUUCCAGAUAAAUUACAACGGGACCUACACGUGCCAGGUCCAAGUGAGCUCGUUCGCCGUGCUCGAGAGCAGCGUGGUGUUGGUACUGAUGCCAACCAUCAACCAGGAAUUGGGGUCCCCGCCUUCCCUGUCGGCGAACCAAGGCGAUCCAGUCAACGUGACCUGCUGCCUGCAGCAGCAGAUGGCGAACUUGACAAUAACGUGGGGAGUCAACGACAAUGUCACGAACUACCUAACGGAUUCGAGUGGAUGUUCUUAUUUCCUGCAAGUGUGCGAAAAAAACAUUUUCAAGUGUUCCACAAACGUUAGCAGCAAGGAAAUCAAGGUGGCCUGCAUUGGACCAGGUGACCUUUCUUGCCAAAAAAAUACAAUAGGCGACCGGGAAUGGCCGAUAACGGCGGCAGGAAAAACAGCGUACCACAACUGUUCACUCAAUUACACCGGAUUUAUAAGCCGGGUUUGCAAAACGAGUGGUGAAUGGGCCGAUGAAAACAACAACUGCAUAUCGACUGAACUCAAAAAUCUCAUGGGCAAGGCGCAGAUGGCAUUUGACCACGAAAAGCUGGCCUGGAAAGUUCCGGAUCUGAUCCUGGCACUGUCCGAAUACCAGCCUAACCAGAUACCCGCCAACGAAGUGGAGAGUGUCAGCUUAGUAAUUAAGCUCUUGGCCGAUGCCACUUCCAAAAGUAAGAUCCCUAUCAACAAAACCGUGGCAGAGAAUUUUUUCACUUCUGUGAGCAACGUGCUCAAUCCAAAUUUGGCAGAUUCGUGGGAUAAACUUAAGUACAAAGAUACCAACAGCACCUCGCUGCUGAAGAGUGUCGAGACAUUUGUGGAGGCAAUCAGCGAUGUGGGUGAGGAUGAUAAUUUCAAUAUCAACAAAUCUAACGUGGUCGUGAAAGGAACGCGGUACAUCUCGAGAAACUCGGUCACUGAGUACAGCAAGGAGUUCAAUAAGUCCCACGUGACCAUCCCCUUACAUGUGGUGCAAGCAUUGUUCGUACAGGGCAACUUGACUAUCACAAGCAUUCAAUUCAGCACCCUGUCAGAACUUCUGCCAAAUUACGGCAGCAGAAGCAACAGCAGCAGCAGUUUCAAGGUGGGGAGCGAUGUGGUCAGCACCGUCAUCCGCAGCACCAUGGCGCCCAAGAACAUCUCAAUUGAGAUGGCUUUCAGGAACGUCACUGCGAAGAACCAAACAAGUUGCGUUUUCUGGAAAUUUGAGUUGAACAACACCAGCGGCAACUGGUCAAAUUAUGGUUGCACCACCACCAAGUCCCCUGGCGAAGUGGUGAUGUGUAGCUGCAACCACUUGACAUCCUUCUCGGUGCUCAUCUCUCCCGAGGCACCCGACGACAUGAUCCUCUCCACCAUCACCUACGUGGGCGUGGGCAUCUCCAUAGGGGCGCUCGUGUGCGCCCUCGUUCUCGAGGCCGUGGCCUGGCGCUCUGUCAAGAUGCACGAAAACUCGCGCCUGCGCCACAUCAUCCUCAUCAACAUCUGCGUGUCGCUGCUGUUCGCCGACGUGUGGUUCAUCGUGGCCGCGUCCGACGCCAGCAUCAGGUGCAACAACCUCUGCCUGGCCUCCACCUUCCUCAUGCACCUCGGCUACCUCUCGGUCUUCUUCUGGAUGCUGUGCGAGGGUCUCUUCCUCUUCUACCUCGUCGUCAUCAUCUUCAGCCGCGUCGCCAUGAAGCAUCUCAGGGCGGCCGCGUUCGCCGUGGGCUACGGGGCGCCAGCCAUCAUCGCGAUCGUCACCAUCGCCGUGACGAAGCCGCGCAACGAGUACACGCGGGAGAGAGUCUGCUGGCUCGACUGGGAGAAGAGCCGGGCUUUGCUGUCCUUCGUUGUACCCGCGUUGGUCAUCGUCGGCUUCAACACCAUCAUCCUGGUGGUGGUGCUCACCAAGAUCCUGCGCCGUCACAGCGUCAGCGCGGCCAUCAGCGAGGGACCCUCGGUUCGCGUCAAGCAGCUGGCCAAGAGCAUCGCCGUCAUGAUGCCCGUCCUCGGGGUCACGUGGGGACUCGGCAUCUUCGCUUUCAGCAAAGAUAACAGCAACAACCUCGCUCUACACUACCUGUUUGCCAUCUUCAAUUCCCUGCAGGGUCUCUUCAUCUUCCUGUUCGACUGUCUGAUGGACAAGGAGGUGCGCAAGGCAAUAAAGAAAAUACUUGGCCUAGACCUGGCGAAACGUAAGGGCGCCAGCAGUCAGGGGACGCCCGUUUCGCCGUACAAAUCUCGCUCCACGGCGUCGACGGACCCGCGCGUCACGGUGAAAGCGAGCCGCUCCGUGCGCGACCGUGUCAAAAAGACGAUGCCCUCCCUGCCCGGCCGCAGCACCAGCAACUACGACUCUCUCAUCACCGACUAGGGGCUCCACAAACCGUGCCUCCCUCCUCCUCACCUCCCCUGCGGAGUCAGCCCCUGGAAAUCCUCUCCACCUACUUACAUCAUCACCAUCAUUAUCGUAAAAUUGUGGCGUUGCCGGUUGGGCUGCUUGUUGAACAUUUAUUCUGUCAAUAUUUCGCCACGCCCUACAGCAAGCACCCUAUUCAAUCCCUGAAGAUGACCACAAUUGCGAGCAUCUACAGCUGAAUGGAAUGUGGCCUAUUUAUGAAAUAAGUCGAUGGUUUCACAGAUGCACAAAAAGUUAAUGCAUCAUCACCAUCCCAACAGUUCAUCCAGGUACUCCAACACCGUUGUAUGUCGUGGACACAUUUUUUUCUGCGUGACAGAAUUCCUUACCGGUUAGCAGACCAUACACAAGUCAACAGCUACUUUUUGAUUCCACGAACGAUUGAUACAUCUGAAGUGUCUGAAACGUACAUUCAGAUUCGUGGAACUGCUUAUUUUUAUUGGUUGUUUUUUAAUCAAUUACGGGUAUUAUAGCCACACAGAUUCUCUGAUUAUUUAAGCAAUAAAAUAUAAAACCGUUGUAUAUUAAACGUAGCAGUGGCGAGUUCAAACUUAUGACGGGGAAACUUUUAACCGCUAGAAUGUCAGCGAAUCAAGACAUUGCAAGGAAUUGUGGGCAUAGCUUGUUACAAAAAGCGAGAGACGGUAAGGAAUGGGUGUAUUACCACAAUCAGUCAAGCUCUAUCCACUGCUGGUUCAUGACAUCCCCAAUCCAUCGCCAUAUCUCGCGGUGUCUCACAAUGCAAGCUGAUCUCACCGCAUUGGUCGUUCUCUGGGGUAUUGUCCCCUUCCUUCAGCUGCCACCCUGUCGUUAGUCUCGACCACAUCGGCAUGACAACACAGAGUCAAGCAAAGGCUGUGGUGUAUGGUAGUUCACAUUUUUUUAGGAACUAUUUUAAGAGGUGGUUAUAUUUUUUACGCACCAACAUUAAACGCACUAAGAAAUGUUUUGCUUGAGCACUUAAAUAAAUGAACUCAGGUUGUCAGAAAUAAAACAAAACAAAGAUCCCUCAAAGCCAUAACAGAUUGUUGGGGCAAGUGCUGCUAGCGAGUA